ACAUCCAUUCCCUCUAAAGACCGACCCUUUUCUUCCUUUUGCUUCCCACUGCAUUUUGCUCGCCCCCAGGGCUGAAGGACCCUGCUCAAUUUUCAUCGUUCUUCUGUUUGUUGUUCGUCGGUUUCCCCUGAAUUGUUUCUUCUCUUUUUCAAGUAUUGGCUCUGUGGGAGUUGGGCGCUAGUUCUCGUCAAUGGCUGCAUCCUCGGCAUGCCUCAUUGGGAAUGUUUUAUCUACCCGGUCUAGUAAACUAAAUCUGAAUAGGGAGAUUUAUGGAAAGCGUUUGUCUCCUUCCUCGGGUCUUCCUUCAUCGGGGAAGGUGUUUAAAUCAAUCUCUGUGAAAGCGUUUUUGGACCGGAGGCAACUUGAUGGGAGAAGAGGCUUUUUAAAGCUUUUGCUUGGAAAUGCUGGACUUAGCUUACCUGCAUUACUUGGUGCUGGGAAUGCUAAUGCUGAGGAGCAAGGUGUAUCUUCAUCAAGGAUGUCUUACUCAAGGUUUUUGGAGUAUCUGGACAAGGAUAGAGUGAAAAAAGUAGAUUUGUUUGAGAAUGGUACAAUUGCCAUUGUCGAGGCUGUUUCUCCCGAAUUGGGUAACCGGGUCCAGCGUGUGCGGGUGCAACUUCCAGGACUUAGCCAAGAGCUCCUUCAGAAAUUCAGAGAAAAAAACAUUGAUUUUGCUGCACAUAGUGCCCAGGAAGACUCAGGUUCUCUUUUGUUCAAUUUGAUUGGGAACUUGGCUUUCCCUCUCAUCCUGAUUGGAGGCCUUUUCCUUCUUUCGAGGCGCUCUUCUGGUGGAAUUGGUGGGCCUGGAGGUCCAGGUUUCCCUCUUGCCUUUGGCCAAUCCAAGGCUAAGUUCCAAAUGGAACCAAACACUGGAGUAACCUUUGAUGAUGUUGCUGGAGUAGAUGAAGCAAAGCAAGAUUUCAUGGAAGUAGUGGAGUUCUUGAAGAAACCAGAACGUUUCACUGCAGUUGGUGCACGUAUUCCUAAAGGUGUUCUUCUCAUUGGUCCUCCUGGAACCGGAAAGACUCUUCUUGCCAAGGCAAUUGCUGGAGAAGCAGGUGUCCCAUUCUUCUCCAUCUCUGGAUCUGAGUUUGUUGAGAUGUUUGUUGGUGUUGGUGCUUCUCGAGUUCGUGAUCUCUUCAAGAAGGCCAAGGAGAAUGCUCCUUGCAUUGUAUUUGUGGAUGAGAUUGAUGCAGUUGGACGACAAAGAGGAACUGGAAUUGGAGGAGGGAAUGAUGAGAGGGAACAAACCCUUAACCAGCUUCUGACUGAAAUGGAUGGUUUUGAGGGAAACACUGGUAUCAUUGUAAUUGCAGCAACCAACCGUGCAGACAUUCUUGACUCUGCCUUACUCAGACCUGGGCGCUUUGACAGACAGGUAACUGUUGAUGUUCCUGAUGUACGUGGAAGGACAGAGAUCUUAAAGGUACAUGCCAGCAAUAAAAAGUUUGAUGGAGAUGUUUCUCUUGAUGUGAUAGCCAUGAGAACACCUGGUUUUAGUGGAGCAGACCUUGCAAACCUCUUAAAUGAGGCUGCUAUAUUGGCUGGUCGUCGUGGUAAGACUGCAAUCUCAUCUAAGGAGAUCGAUGAUUCAAUUGAUAGGAUUGUGGCUGGAAUGGAGGGAACAGUUAUGACAGAUGGGAAGAGCAAAAGCUUGGUGGCAUACCAUGAAGUGGGCCAUGCCAUAUGUGGAACAUUGACACCAGGGCACGAUGCUGUGCAAAAGGUCACACUAAUCCCACGUGGGCAAGCACGGGGACUUACUUGGUUCAUUCCUGCGGAUGAUCCAACCCUGAUCUCUAAGCAGCAGCUGUUUGCAAGAAUUGUUGGUGGACUUGGUGGCAGAGCUGCUGAGGAAGUGAUCUUUGGUGAGGCUGAGGUGACCACUGGUGCAGCUGGAGACUUGCAGCAAAUCACAGGUUUGGCAAAACAGAUGGUAACUACAUUUGGCAUGUCUGAAAUUGGCCCAUGGUCACUUAUGGACUCGUCACAAAGUGCAGAUGUAAUAAUGAGAAUGAUGGCAAGGAAUUCAAUGUCAGAGAAGCUUGCAGAAGACAUUGAUGCAGCUGUUAAGCGAAUCUCAGACAGUGCAUAUGAGAUUGCAUUGGUCCAUAUUCGGAAUAACCGUGAGGCCAUUGAUAAGAUUGUAGAGGUCCUUCUUGAGAAGGAAACCCUGAGUGGGGAUGAGUUCCGAGCAAUUCUUUCAGAGUUUGUGGAAAUCCCUGCUGAAAAUAGGGUCCCUCCUUCAGUGCCAUCUCCUGUCACUGUAUAAACCAUUUAUAAACUGUAAAUCUCAAUUACACCCUUUCAUGUUUCAUAUUGAUCUGCGGUUGAUUGACCAAUUCCAUUGUUAUCUGAGUUUCAAUGUAUACUAUGUAUAAGUUUCAGCAACUCCAAGUUAGAUUACAGGUAUAGGUGCAUAGAAUAUUUACUAAUUCAAAUCCUUAUCACAUCAUUUGUUUAAAGCAAAUGUAAUCUUUUGUUCUGAUAUUAUCUGCCAUAGAAAUCUAAACUAUUACGUGGUUUUGA